UGUUUUAUAAACAUAGAGGCGCUAUCUGCGGCUUCUCUUUCAGAGCCCCGUCUAUUAAAGGUGCCUAACCUUACCUGAUCUCGUUGAUGUAUCGUGUAAAUACUGAAGUCUUUUAAUCUGCGUCGUUAAUUUCGUAAUUUUAUUAUCAUUCCCAUAUUUCGCAGAUCAAUAUUUAAUCAUCUUUCUUAUGGAAAUGACUGAUUUUAUGCCGUAGUAUACAAACACGCGAUUCCAUUCUGUGGAUUCCACUGCUCGACGUAGUUGACAUCGACUCUUUUGUCAGCUGAGAGAAAGCUCGAGAGUUUUUAAUGAACAUAUUUUUUCGUGAACGUUAAAUCCUUGUGAUAUCCAUCUCUGUAAUCGUAAUAUAUCGUUGGAUUAUUGCAAUAUGCCUUGGACGAUCUUUCCGUGUAAUAAAAAAUUUCAAGACACGAUUUUGAGAUAGAUUAGGAAUUUUAUCAGUUCAAAUUUACUUAUUUGACUAAACAAGCAUUGGAUGAGAUUAUAUGAGGUGGAUAAAAUGAUGCAUUACGGGCUAUGGAGUCAAUAUCAAGGAAUAUUGAAUAAUCAUCAAUGUUACUCACCAUAUGUCGAGACAAUGCCAUCCUAUCAACAUCGUGAUCACGAGCGUCAUCAGUUAACUGAAGAGGAAAACGAACAGGCUGGUGAAGAGACACAUGACACAAUGACGCCUGCUACUUCUGGAGAACGUAGUUCUAGCGCGGAUCUGUUUAGAUUAGAAUUUGCAGCUGCUCAAUGGUCUAAGUUAGUUUCUAACGCAGAAGGCCUAUUUACAAAGCUCAUGAUGAAUAAUAUCUUGCCACAUACCGAACAGGAUCAAAUUGAACAGUGGCUAUGCAUGAAACAAGAGUACGAAGAAUGUAUUGCUAGCGAUGAGACCACUAGUUUGCAAGGAUAUGCAGAGAAUACAAGGAGAUCAUUGGAACGUAUCGAGGAAGUAACUGAAACAGAUGAGAAAACGGAUGAAUCUGCGAAUCAAGUAAAACUCAAGCUUAAUUCCAAUUGCACCUCCAGUUCUGAGAGCGAACUAUCCGAAGGUGAUGAUGACGAAGAUGAAGAUGAAGAAGAGGAUCAAAGUGAUGCGAGCUCAGAAAGUCCAGAUUUUCUAGAGAAGCUAGAUGAGUUUAUGAACAAAUUUAAAAUAGAGACCGAUAUAAUUGUUGGUUCUAAAAAGGACGAUUUCAGAGAAACAAAUAUUGAGCUUGUAUCGCCUCCAGUGACAAGAUCCGUGAAUAAUAAUUAUGUACCAGUAGCUCGCCCUGUACCAUUAAGAAAUCCAAAUUCUAGGAGAAAUUCUAUGCUUCCUGGUUCUGACAUGUGUAAUGAGGUGUUAGUCUUCAAUGAUAGUUUGAAACCUUGUUCCAAUCAAAUUCUUAGAAAUCAUACGUCAGAGUAUACCAAGCCAUGUAUGUUAGAUAAUCGUGAGUCGGAAAUCAACAUUAAUGAUAAUGCUAUUAACGAUAAUUUCCUUGCAAUACAAAAUGACAAUUCGCCAGAUUUGUUACUCGAUGCUCUAAAAACCACAGAGAUACCUGAACCCAUUAAGGAAUUGAAAGCCCUAACAUUGAAUAAUGAAGCGAAGCAAACACAAGUAAAGAGGAUUCAAUCAAAUUUGGAUGGUGCGCACAAACGUAUCGAAGAACUGCAGACGACAAUUAAGAUUAAGCAACGUUUUAUAGCAGAUAUGAUUAAGAACUCUGAUACACGUACUAAUGCGAAGCAAAAAUUUCAACGUAAACGUAGUAAAUUGGAAGAAGAAUAUUAUAAUACAAAGACACAAUUAGCACAGGCAGAAAAUGCAUCUAUGUACAGAGAGCCUGAGGAAAAAUCGGUACACAAGAAAGAAAUUGAACUAAUGAAAAAUAUGGCGAUACACUACGAGAAACGAUUGAUGGAUAUAGACAUGAUAAAGCAAAUUGCCGGUGAUUCGGCGAAAAAAGUUCUGGAGCUUGAAGCCUCAUUAAAUACUUCCAAGAAGCAGAUGGACAAAUUGAAACGACAACUAAAACGCGAAGAAGAGCGUAAAAAGCAAUUGGAGGAAGAACUUGCGAAGGAUCAGCAGAAGAUUCGCGAACUCGAGGAGAAGUACAAUUUGACUGCUUCCAAGUUGAAGGAAAUGCAAUCGGAGAGUGAAGAUGAGAGACAUAAUACAAAACCGAAGACUGAUUGCUCGGAUAAGAAGAAGAAUUUAUUAGAUGUAAGCGCGAGAAUAUCUCAUCUGGACCACGUUUUGAAAGAAAAAUCUAUGGACUUGGAAAGAACCGCGGACACAGACGAGAAGGAAGCGCUACGGCACGAGAUUAGAAACUUGAGACAUACUCGGGACUGCUUGGUAGACGAGAAAUGCGAUCUAGAUGAAAAAUUCCAAAAGGAGAGGACUCUGACUACGGUCGAGGAACGUAAAUUGCUGGAAUGCGGCGAAACCAUCGAAGCUAUCGAUGCAAUGAUCGAGCACAAGAACGAAAUGAUUUGCGGACGAAAAGAUUUCGAUGAGAAUCAAUCUCAACGUGAGAAGGGCGAGAGAAUGCUGAUGGAACGCUUAAAGAAACUCUCUCACGGUGAAAUAAUAACGUUAUUUAUGAAGUACUUUCGCAAGGUAAUCGACUUGAAGGAGAGUUCGAAAAAUCUGGAAGUUCAGAUAACGGAGCUGGAGGCGCACAUCGCUAAUCAGGAUUGGCGACUGAUGGAGGCCGAGAGACGAAUGGUCUUGAUGCAGAGGCAGUACGAGGACAAGUUGCAUCAUGUAUUCAGACACUUUGCGGAGGAGACUAGCAGCUCCGGCCACGAGAGAUUGGACAAGGAUUCCGAGCUCGCGAGGUACAAGAAAGAGAACAGGGCCUUGAAGAAGCGAUUGGCAGACGUCGAAGCUCUACUCAAAGGUACUGCACUUCCGCGUACAGCUAGUCCGUGUAGAGCUCUACAGCAGGGAUUAAAACAGAUCACGCCGAAUACUCGCUCGACAACUAAGGUAACGAGACAGCGAAAUAAGCUGAUAAUUCAAAAGACGACCGACUGCGAUAAAAGGAAAAAGUGAGUUUGUUAAGAAACGUUAAUUUCGUUUUUUGUUGCAUAUUGGCAGCCGAUUUGG